AUGGUUCGCCCUAUCCGCCCCCCUCGCCCUACCUACACGAACUCCCAAGUCUCGGGGUUUUACUUCCGCCCGUGUCGCGACGAGAACGACGAGGUGAUUCUCGAGUAUUUCCGUUGCCGUUGCGGCACGGUUCGGAAGCAAACCCAUAGGAACGGGUACUCCAACCUGAUGCAACAUAUCAGGCGGGAGCACCCUGACUACGAGACCGUCAUGCUCGACGCUACGACGGCGGAGACAGGCUCCCUCGUGAACUUCGUCCGCCACUCGGCGCUCAACCUCCACGGCUGGAUGGUUUGGAUUGUCAUGUGCAACCUGCCACUCUCUUUUUGUGAGAGCCGAGAAGCUCGCCGGUACGUGUAUGCAUAA